AUGGUUCACGGCUUACAGAGUAGCGCACCUGCUGCUGAUGCUGCUGGUGUUGUUGAUGCUGCUGGUGCUGUUGGUGCUGCUGGUGUUGCUGGUGCUGUUGGUGGCGGCGCGUGGUACUUGUGCUGCGGCGGCGAGUGCGGCGGCUUCUGCGGCUUCGCGGCGCCCUUCGGCGUCGGCGAGGCGGCGUCGCACAGAGUUGCGAAUCCGUUCGCGUGCUCGUGCAACGGGCUCUUGAGCUGCGGCUGCGGCGGCGGCCGGGGCUGCGGCGGCGCGUACUGCUGCUGCAGCGGUGCCCUAUACUGCUGCUGCGGAAGCGUUGCGCGUGUACUU